AUGAAAUGUCCUACCCGUAAGCUAUCCGUAGAGUGAUCGGAUACGCACACGAACACGAACACGCAUACAUUAAAUGUAAUUAACCUAAUAUUUACAUGAAAUGAUUUUUACGGACUACACAUUACGGAUUAAGUCAGACGAACGGGCAUACGGCAGACGAACAAAAGGAAUUUGUGCCUAAGACUUGUUCCGUAUUGACAUACACAACAGCCGUCAUUUCCCAUACUGGUGUUUCAUUUACAGCACGUAUGACUAUACCUGGCAGGUAUGCGUCUACUUGAAGUCGCCAGCAGCUCGUUAUCCAUAUUCAGGGCUUUGAUGACGCCAGGUAUGCUUAAAAUAGGUCAGCCAACGCACAACCAAAACUCACAAUACAAGGAUUUGUUAUUAUAAUGGCGGCCUUUGAAUUUAAGUUUUAUUCGGACCGACGUUUUCUGGUGUUGUUCAGUUUCGGAUAAAGUGUGGUGGAUGAUCUCGCGUGGAAAGCGACACCAUGUCGAUGAUAAUACCGAGCGGAGACGGACAGAUCCAGGUGAGGGAGCUCGAGGACGAGGACAAGACCUACAAAUACUCGUUCACCUACGAGAAAGCUACGUUGUACGAGUACAAGUUUGAACGCCAGCCCAAUCCCGACCCCGUCGACCCGUGCUUCAGGUGUAACAAGAGGGUGGAGCGGGACGAACAGAUCAACAUCGGGGUGCUCUUUCACAAACACUGCUUCCGAUGUCGAAUAUGCGGCGUUCCGCUGUCAUUGCAGACGUACCACAGAAGUACGACGAACGGAAACGCGGACAAGGAAAUCUACUGCAAAACACACCUGGGCAAACAGGUGGGGCAGCUGAAACAAGGAGAUGUGGUGGGACAGAUGGAAAUACCUGAUAAUCCUAACAGAAAAUAUGUCAUCCAGAUCGAGGGGAGCAAGAGAAGUGGGUUGAACUAUCCUAAAUCCAGUCCUCGUGGCAGUCCCAACACAUCGGCAAUGCUGCAAGCCAGUCCCAACACAUCGGCGAUGAUUCACUCCAGCCCCACUUUGGGCUACCCGGAUCAUAGUCCCAACACGUCCGGCGAGCUUCGGCACAGUCUGGCAUCGAGCCUGGCCAGCGUAACUGCACGAAGUCUGAACGACUCGCGAGACACCAGCAUGUGGACGUCGUACACACCACAGUCGAUGGACAGCGGCUAUCCCAGUAACAUGAAACAUUUCUCACACCCAAAACCAGUCCUUCAGAGUUUUGAAGACUUUGAGAACAGUAACGUGUUCGAAGCUCAGUCGUUACUCGAGGAGAGACACCGAGAGGAGGAAGAGCGUCUGCAGAGAUUUCUCUCUGAGGAAAGAGAAAAAGAAUUCAAGCGGCUCGAUGAAACAAUCGAGGUCGAAAAGGAACAGGCAGCUUCUGACAUCUUGGCUAGUGUAGACAACUUGGCCAUGCACAACAGCACGCGCAGUCUCGACUUGAUAGCAGAGCGGGAACGAAUCGAGGAACAUUUCAAGAAAUCGCGCGAUGAACGACUCAAGCAUGUGACUGACAAGAUAGCUAACGAGGAGAAAACAAGAAGUUCCCGGAUGCUUGAACGUCACUGUGUAGAAAUGAUGACGCUUAUUGGCGAAAAGGACCGAGAAGCUGACAGAAGUUCCCUUUAUGACCACACGAUGAGGGCGCCAAUCUUACCUCCGGAGUGCAAGAAGUGCGAGCUCUUCAAAUCUCCUGUCGUGUUUGAACAUCUGGACACUCGAGCCGUAGAGCUGGCGAAUCAGGAUUACAGCAAUUACACCGAGUUAGUUCGAGACUUAACCAGGGGCUGUAAAUCAGAACUUGAGAAAGUCAGAGUUCUGUUCCGGUGGAUAAUAGCCAAGGAUUUGAGAAAGAAUACUGCUCAUGAAAUACUUCGACCCAAUGCCGCUGUCAGCUCUCUCUUUAAAGGUGUCAAGAGCGGAAAGGAAACAUAUCAUCAACUAUUUAAAAAACUUUGCUGUUUUGCGGGAAUACACUGUGAGGUGAUCUUAGGUUAUUCCAAGGGUGCUGGCUACAAGCCUGGAAUGAGAAUGGAUGGUACAGCAUUCCGAAACUCGUGGACUGCCGUCUGCAUCGAUGGAAGUUGGCGACUGAUAAACUGCACGUGGGCAGCCCGGCACGUGUCUGGUCACAAAGACGAUCUGCCGCAGAUCUUCCACAAGUACGAUGAGUUCUACUUCUUGACGGACCCCGAGGACUACAUCUACCAGCACUACCCGGAUGACCCAGCCUGGCAGCUCAUCGAAAUCCCACUCCCAUUUUCAGAAUUCAUCAAUCUACCCGUGGUCAAAUCACCAUUUUUCAACUAUGGGCUCAGAUUCUAUUCAAACUAUGGUGCCACUUUGACAACUGAAACAGGAAUGGUGGAAAUCCGCCUAGUAAUGCCCAAAAUCCUUGGAUACGGAUCACUGUUAGAACCGUACAAUAAAAAUACAUCUGACGCUAAACAGUUAGAUGGUAGGACACUCCUGAGAUUUGUUAAGAAUGAAGCUAUAUUUACCGUGGCUCUUCCUAAAGCUGGUGUGUUUUACUUUUCAAUCUACACAGGAGACUACAGUCAUUCCGAGUGUUUAGAAAGUGCCUGCUCAUUCCUGAUUAACUGCGUCAGACUCUCGGGUCCCCCCUCUCCCCCGUACCCACCUGUGCCUUUCUUCGGACCAACUCCUGUAAUGGACCAACUUAACAUUGCAACCGAUAAAAAUGACGUUGAUCCUCUGAUUGUCUGUAAUAGUGACUACAUUGAACUGAAUUUUAAAAUGUCCAAAGAGAUCAAGAUUACGCACACGUUCCAGUACUUUGAUGUUGGCGACGAGUCUGUUACAGACAUCGACAGGUUCGUUUUUCUGCGCUCUCGCAACGACACGGUGGCCAAUUACUUGGUGCGUUGUCCUAAAGAAGGCUUCUACAUCUUCUCACUGUUCUGCGCAGACACCGCGAUUGACGCACACAGCCUCGACUGUGCGUACAGGUACUUGGUGAUAUGCCAAGAGCCAAGUCCUAACACCGGUGCCUUCCCUAAGACGUACCACAAGUGGAACAGAUGUACACUGUAUGAGCCCAUUGCCGGAGACCUACUCACAGACAAACGUUACAACUUUCGAAUGGACGUUCCUCAGGCUGUGGAGGUGUUUGUCGUGAUAGGAUCAAUGUGGCAUCAUCUUAAAAGGAAGCUGGGCUUCUCGUGGGAGGCUAACAUUAAUGUGGGCAGCCAGCCAGGACCUGCAAAAGUGCACGCAAGAUUCCAAGCUGGAAGAGAUGCGUCCACGUUUCCUCAACUGCUGGAGUUUGAAAUUACAGAGGACGUUGAAACUGAAAUAUGAAAGACUCGUGUCCAUUUUGUGUCCACACGUAGCUACAUAGCCAGACCGUUCUUAGUCCGAUUUAGAAAUCCGUAAAUGUUUUAUAGAGUAUAACAUUUGUUUACUUUAAGAUGUUUUGUCUUUAUACAGUAUGGAAAUACAACUAAGGUUUCAGUGGAAGAUGAACAAUACCUUUUUACACGUAUUACGCGUGUGUGCGUGUGUGUGUGUGUGUGUGUGUGUGUGAAGAAACAGAUCCGCACAACAGUAUAAUAGUAGAUAAAACUGAUUUUGACAGUACCUUCAACCAACUGGGUUUCUAAUGGUUUAUUAAGUUUUAAACUAGUAGUUGUUUGUUAAACCAAAGUAUACACUUGUUAAAACUAAACAUUUCUUGCCAAGAACAGGGUACUGAUGUUUGCACAGGCGCGUUAUUCGUCAUAUCAUUGUUGACAGAGUCCUUAUUGUAGUGACGCAGUGAUUACUAUUUCCAGUAUGAAAUGUAAUAAAUGCAGUUAUAACCAUUUCUAACCAAACAUUAAUUUCCUUCUUUUUUCUCACUUUCGUUUUUAGCAUGAUAAUGCCAAAGUACCUCAACGAUAUGGUUUUGGCACAGUUGUCACAUUGAUACAUUUUGUUUUAUUUUAUAUGUCCCACCAACAUCUCCGACAGAUAAGUGCUUUCGUUUAAAAUAUGCAGCAGUAUGUUUAUAUUAUUUAUUGUUAAUAUAUCAUAAAUUGUAUUCUUAUAAAAUGUGUAUCAUUUUGUCUGUGCUUCUAUAAUAAUUGUCAUAUAUGUUCUAAUGUAUAUACAUGUAUUUUAUGUCAAUAUAUAGCAUUGUUACUUCCUGA